AUAAAAAAAGAGAACGGCCCAAGUGACAGCGUCAACUCUGGGAACUGACUGCUAUCAGCAAAAAGUGGAUUCCUCUACUUCUGCUUUCGCUUCCCACUCAUACCAGCACUCGCAGUCCCACUUUGUCAUUUUUGUUGUGCAGUGCUAAAUGUCAUUUGGUCUAACUUAAGGAUUUACUUCUGGUUUUCUUUCAUCCUUCACGCUUUAGCUCUGGUCUGAGUUCUCACGGAGGAUCUCCAAUGCCCUACUGAGCUACUCUUAAAUUGCUGGAAUAUGGGGAUUAAUGAUAGACAUUCCCUAGUCCUCAAAAUCUCUAAGGAUGAUCCAUUACUUGAAAAAAAGAAGAUUUUGAUGCAUAUUAAUGGUUCAGAAUCUGAAGUUCGGAUAUACUUCUCAAGUGCCACAUGUCCUGAAUGGACAAAGAUUACACUGCAAGCAGCUCUCCGUUACGCAAGAGUAAUACACCUGAAUGAGGCAGAACUUUACUUUGGUAGAGGCGAUGUACCAUUGGACUUCUACAGCACCAGGAAUGAGCUGGAGUCUCUUAAUUCAAUUCUCUCAGUCAUUGAUACUUUACUCUCAGGUGCUACAAGUAAGAGCAAGGAAGAUCUGCAAGACCUAAAGGGUGCAACUAUAGAUCUGAUCAGUUCCUUAGGGGACAAGAAUGACGAGGAAAUAAGAAUUGAAAAGUGUAGCUGCAGCACCGUGGAGCUUCUAUUACAGUGGGGGAAAAACAAUGGAGUUAAAACAAAACUGCAGAUUGCUUAUAUUGAAGGAGCUGGAAGAGGAGCUGUGGCAAUGGAAGAUCUGAAUAUUGGAGACACUGCUUUGGAAAUACCCGAAUCAAUCAUCAUUUGUGAAGAACUAGUUUAUGAAACGGAGAUGUUUCAUGUAUUAAAAGAAAUUGAUGGCAUAUCUGCUGAGACUAUGUUGUUGUUGUGGAGCAUGAAUGAGAGGUACAACCCUGAUUCAAAAUUCAAGAUCUACUUUGAGACAUUGCCAGAAUCAUUUAAUACAGGGUUGAGCUUUGGACUUGAUGCACUUGCUGCUUUAGAAGGAACCUUGUUGUUCGAGGAGAUAAUGCAAGCCAAAGAGCACUUACGCACACAAUAUGAUGAAUUGUUUCCCAUGCUUUGCUGUAAUCAUCCUGAUAUAUUUAAACCUGAGCUAUACACAUGGGACAAAUUUUUGUGGGCAUGUGAGCUCUGGUACUCUAAUAGCAUGAAGGUUGUUUUUGCUGAUGGAAAGCUGAGGACAUGCUUAGUACCUAUUGCAGGGUUUCUUAAUCAUUCUCUAUGCCCACACAUAAUGCACUAUGGAAAAGUGGAUUCAGUAACAAAUUUCCUGAAAUUUCCUUUAUUGCUACCUUGCAGAGAAGGAGAACAAUGCUAUCUUAGCUAUGGAAACUUUUCAAGUUCUCAUCUAAUUACCUUUUAUGGCUUCCUACCAAAAGGAGAUAAUUCCUGUGAUGUAAUUCCAUUAGAUAUAAAUACCCCCGAGGCCAAUGAUUCUGGGGAUUGCCUGGAAUCUGAUCCCAUGCACAUGGUGCGGGGAACAUGGCUUUCAAGCAAUCAUGAUAUCUUUUAUUAUGGCCUGCCACCUCAGUUAUUAGAUCAUUUUCGAGAUGAUAAGCUACACAAGAAAACCUAUGACUACUUGGUAAAGGAGGUAGAAAUCCUGGAACUACUCCAGUCAGUCUUCAAUGAGAUGAUGGAUGGACUUGGUGAAUAUGAUUAUACAGAAAGUGAUAAUCUAAAUUGGGACGUAAAGCUAGCACUGGAAUUUAAAGAUUUGCAAAGGAGAAUCAUCUCUUCGGUUUUGGCAUCAUGUUCCUCUGGUCUCAAAAUGUUGGAAACUGAACUUAAUCAAAUUUAUUCGAAAUCUGACAAGGAUGGACUUGCCUAGAUAGAUUGGACCCAUUUGGGGUUGGGGCUCCGUUACAAGAAUGGGCAAAAUGGUCUUUCCAACAAAGAAGACCAUACUUCGCAUCCUGUCCAACUGGUAAUACCUUCCUUCUCUCGAAUGUAUGGAUGUCACGCCACACUGUCAGUGAAAUGUCAUUUUCUAACCUAAUGGUUGAGUCUUGUUUCCCUCAGCUGAUGCUGUAAGAAACUUGAAGCUUGGAAUAUUAAUUGAUUAUUUAUAAUGACACGACAGAUUCGAUUCUUGAAGCAUA